CGGGGUGAGAGUUUGCUCUGUUUCCUCGUCAAAGUACACGGUACUUUUGUUUGUGAUCAGCGAUAUUCUGUGCUGUAAUAUUCUGCGAUAAAGUGUCUGUUGCUGUCUUUGGUUGUAAUUUGCAAUAUCCAAAAUAUUAUUGAAAAUAAAUGAAUAUUCCCAUUUAUUUAUCUCAAACAUAAGUAAAUUCUUUGACUUCAGCUUACUAUGGUUUAGUAUUUAAGUUAUCAUAUAUAACGAAGUUGCCACCUUGAAUGAGGCUCUCGGCAGAGCGUUUGCUAUUGUUUGCAAUAAGUAAAGUGGAUAAAUGCCGAAGAAAAAAGGUAAAAAACAGGGAAUUAACGCAGAUUUUACAAUAAAUGACUGUGCGAAUGCUCCAAAACCUGUGGGUAAAGCAAAAAAAUCAGCAACUAAAGAAGCUUUACCCGAGAAAUCAUGGGAGGACCUGCAUGAUGAAGAUUUUGAAAUUCUUCAGGAUGAAGACCCAGAAGGGCCUAAAGUCUUUGUAUAUAAAAAAAAGAAGAAUCAUUCCAAAUGUGAGAUAGGCCACAAUAAUCAUCUGGGGAUAGUUUAUCCUGAGAUUGUGUGGUAUUUAAUAUCUCCAUUUAUAAAACCUGAAGAAGUUGGUAACUUUGCUGGCAUAAACCGAGCAACUUAUUCUAUAACUAAGAGGGAGUCAUUCUGGCGUGCAUUGUAUAAGAAAUAUUGUCAAAACAAGCCUAACCUCCUACCUGAGAAAUUCAGGAUAGAAAAUGAUUACAGGCUGUAUGGCUUACGACAGAAGGUUAUAAGAGCAUUGUAUCAUACAUAUGAUGUGUUCAUUCAGAAGGUUAUAAGAGACACGGCGCAAAUGAUCAGCGGAAGAUACACUCGCCCGUACGAGCUGGUGGGUCGCAGGUGCGUGAACGUGUGGUACAGCAAGGAGCCGACCCAGUUCUCACUCUACUUCAAAUUGAAGAAGUUGAACCACCAACGUGUGGAGCGGAGGGACUUCAUCGAAGAGUUGGGUCGGAUAGAUGCCAAUCCGGAAGAGGACACCCAGAUACUGGAGGUGACCUGCAUGAGUCAUUUCGACGUCCCCCCCCUACUGGGCAUGACGCUGUCGUCAGUGCGCGUGACGGUGGUGCAGUCUUGCCGCCACCGCCGACUGCACCUCGGCUUCAGCAGAAGCCACACCAGCAUAUUCCUGAAGAAGGAUCCGGAAUGUUCGAUAUGCAUUGGCUCGGUCAUGGACGUACUGGUCUACGAUUGGUGGGACCCGAAGUACCCGUACUUCGAAAUGAAGCUGCCAUAUUAUAUGCUUGAAGAGGAAUCGCUGCCUAUGUUGAAGAAGGACUUCUUCUCUUCGUAACAGAGAUUUAUAGGUGUUAGCUAUUUACUAGCGUCAAUAAAUGUGAUACAAAUAUAGUGUAUUUUGUUUUUUA